UUAAAUCAAAUAAAGGCUCAGUUAAUAAACAUUUUGAAAUUGGGUUCAUUUGAGUUGCACAAGUGGUCCUCAAAUGUUAAUAACGUAUUGGAGGACAUUCCUGUUGAAAAACGUCACCAUGACAAAAUAGAUAUUGCCAAAAAUAGUAACAUUAUUAAAACAUUAGGUUUGAGGUACAAUGUUGUCACCGACAACUUCGAAAUAUCUGCUCCAAAGUGUAACUUGAACAAAUGUGCUACCAAACGUCAAAUUCUCAGCUGUAUUUGUAAAUUUUAUGAUCCAUUGGGACUUAUUGGUCCAAUUUUGGUUCAAGCUAAGAUGUUCAUGCAAAGGUUAUGGUUAAGCAAAUUAAAAUGGGAUGAUAAGGUCCCAACCGAUUUAAUGAAAUUUUGGAUCGACUUUACAACCAAUAUUGAAUCGAUGGAAAAUUUAAAGGUUAUUGUGAUAGCUCUAUAAAUGCCUUCGGAGCAGUAGUUUAUAUAAGAACUAUAAAUAAUAAUGUUGAAACAAAUGCAGUGAAUGUUACGUUGCUUUCGUCCAAAUCAAGAGUUGUGCCAAUUAAUAAGAAAUUAACGGUACCCAGAUUGGAACUAAAUAGUGCGUUACUUCUGUCUAAUUUAGUAUUAAAAUUAUAUGAUAUAUUAAAAGAAAAAAUUAAAGAAGUAUAUUUAUAUUCAGACUCUACAAUAACGUUAGCGUGGAUAAAGUCUGACCCAUUAAAAUUAAAACCCUAUGUUGCAAACAGAGUCUUAAAAAUUCAACAAAACACAAAAAAUUUUAAUUGGUUAUAUAUUGACACAAAAAGCAAUCCAGCUGAUUGUUUAAGUAGAGGUUUAGACAUUCAAACAUUAAGUGAUCACCAUCUUUGGUGGCACGGUCCACUUUGUUUACAAGAAGGCACUUUUAGCCAUAAACCUAAUUAUAUUCCUCAAAUAACAGAUCCAUUACCUGAAGAAGAAAAAAUAAAACCAGUUUUGACAACAGUCGUUUUAAAAAAUGAAUUGUUUGAGAGGUACUCUAACUUUACCAAACUACAGAGGAUAGUAGCGUUACUUUUAAGAUUUCCUUAUAACAUUAAAAAUAAAAAUAAAAAAAGGACUGAUAAUUUGACCCCGUUGGAGCUUGAAAAUGCCUUGAGGGUAGUUGUAAAAAGUGAUCAAAGAAAUAAUUUUACAACAGAAAUAAAAAAUUUAGCUUCCAACACAGAUAUAAAGACAACAUUAAAAGGUUUAUACCCAUUUAUCGAUGAUUUUGGUCUGCUUCGCGUGGGUGGCAGGCUCAGUGAAGCAAAUAUUCCUUACGACCAAAAGCAUCCUAUCAUAUUAGCUAAAAAUAGCAAAAUUACAGAAUUAAUAAUAAACAAAGAACAUAUUAGGCUUGGUCACGCUGGGCAAAAACAAAUAUUGAGUAGUUUGAACUCUAAGUUUUGGUUAAUUAAUGGAAACCGUGAAAUAAAAAAGCACAUUCAUGCUUGUGUUGUAUGUUUUAAAUUGAAAGCCAAAAUGGCCGAACAGCUAAUGGGAUCUCUUCCCCAAGAUCGGGUCAAUGCUAAUCGAGUAUUUUCUAUAACAGGUAUUGAUUUGUGUGGUCCCUUUAGUAUCAAACAGUCAAGAAUUCGUAAAGCCAUUGAAACAAAGGCAUAUAUCGUUGUUUUUGUAUGUUUUGCUGUUAAAGCAAUUCAUUUAGAAGUUUUGUCGGAUAUGACUACGCAAAAUUUUUUGGCAGGAUUGAAGAGAUUUAUCUCACGUCGAGGAAAGCCUUCCAAAAUUUAUUGUGACAAUGGAGGUACGUUCGUGGGAUCGAAUCUUGAAUUAAACAAGUUGUACGAUAGGGCUAAAUCUCACGGUAAUCAAAUUAUAGAUUAUGCUGCAAACGAAGGUAUAGAAUUUAAGUUUAUCCCAAGCUAUUUACCCGUGUUUGGAGGACUUUGGGAAGCAGGGGUAAAAAGUACCAAAUUUCAUCUAAAAAGAAUUGCUGGAAAGGCUUUAUUAACGUAUGAGCAGUUAAAUACGAUAGUUGUGGAAAUAGAAGGUAUACUCAAUUCUAGACCGAUAACCCAAAUUACAAAUGAUCCUUCAGAUUUAUCUUAUUUAACACCAGCCCAUUUCUUAAUUGGGGUACCCAUUACAAGUUAUCCCCAACCUGACUUGACAUUAAUUCCCGAAAAUAGAGUAAAUUAUUGGCAAAGGUGCAUAAAAAUGCAACAACAGUUUUGGGAGAAGUGGCACAAAAGUUAUUUAACUAUGCUACAAAAUAGACCUAAAUGGCAACAAAAUCGUCCAAAUCUUCAAGAAAACAUGUUAGUUGUUCUUAAGGAAGAUAAUAUCCCACCGUUAUAUUGGCCGAUGGGAAGAAUUACGAAAAUAAUUUAUGGCAAAGAUCAAAAGGUUAGGGUUGUAGAAGUAAAAACCCAAAAGGGCACUUACCUUAGGACUCUGAGUAAGGUAGCUGUUUUACCGAUUAAUAAUUUGUAAUUAUAG